AUGGUGAUCGUCAAUCAAAAUAUGGGUCCGCCUGUCCCUCCUCUUCAUCACCCGCCAGCUGGUCCGCACGAGGAUCCUCGCAUCACUCAGCACCAUGAUCCUGGUCAGAUAGAUCAUGGAUAUCUGGCGGACCAAAUGACUCAGCUUCAUGUGAACCCCCAAAGGUCUGCCCAAGGCAGCUACCAGCAAACAGGCCGCUCCGAACCCUUCAGAGAGCACACGCGUUCUCCAUACUAUUACUUUGGGUACACCUUCUUCAAGGCCGAGGCAGCACCCGGCCAAAAGUCCACUUGGAAUCAAGUCCAGAAAACAAGGAUGAACUUGAGCCAGGCAGACCUGUUUCAGUUGGUGCAGAAGCGAGCACAGAAGUCUACUGCUGUUGAGCAAUAUCAAGCACUAUCAAAACUGAAACGGACCCAUGUGGAUCAAUUAAUCAAUGAGCACAGACGCAGUGACCCUCGAUUCGAAUGGACCUGCGCUUACAUCAAGGAAGACUCAAAGCCGGUCAAAGGCAAGGGUGCUCGUCGCGGUGAUUUUGAGACGCUCUCGAUGGAUGUGGUGAUUGUUAGAAGGCCGGUGACGGUCGAACCAGCGGAUGUCCAGACUCAUUCCAAGCUCAGGGAGGAGCACCCUGUCGACCCCAACAACUUCGUAGCGGAAGAUGUGCGAAGACCGAGAAUUGUCGAGAUGAAUGGCCAAUGGAGUGAGCCGGCUAUCAGCCAUGCACAAAUGCCAGCGAACAUGAAUCAAGCGCAGCAACAUCCUCAGCAUGCGUACCAGCAACCACAUUUCCCUCCUCAGGCUCACGCUGAUACGGCAAGGCAGCAGCACCAUCAACAGACGCAAUGGUCAGGAAUGCACCAACAACCAGAGAUGCAUCAUCACGGGGUACCUCAUUCAGGCAACAACCCUCAAUUUCAGCCCCAAAAUCCGGGUAUACGUAUCAUCCCAGUCGCUCCUGUUGCGCAUCCUCAGAGCCAUGAUCGUGGUCUUGGCCCCAAUCAAGUCAAUCAUCAUGCAGAUCAACCCUUCAUGAGGCCAGAAGUUCACAAUCAAACCAGAGCGAAAUAUACACCCCGGUCGUCAAGUCUGCACGUUGGGCCUGAGGCAGAGUGGCCUCCUGAGUCGAGCAGCAUAGGAGAUGAUGAGUCCGAGCUGUUUGACUUUGAGGACGAAAGCUCAGCUACCGAAGGCUCUGAGGACAUUAUUGACGAGGCGCCAAAAAGACCGAAAUCAUGGCGCGGGAGUCUUCAUCGCCAAAACUCCGCGUCAAGGCAGAACCGCCCUGAGGUCGCUUACAGGACUCAUUCCCGCAAGAAGCCGACCAAGACUGCUUCAGACUCGAAGCUCAACCGCACGAAAUACCCAGUCGGCUAUGUCGAGGUGAUCCCAGCAAAUAGCAAGCAAUCAAGCAAGCGAACUGCGAAGGCUCAACCGAAAGAGAGUGCCGUCCAGCAACAGCCCCGGAGCCGACCUAAGAUUGUGCAAGCACCCGCGAACUCGACCGACCUGGACCUAGCAUACGUCGGUGAUAACCUGCUUAAGGGCCGUGAGAGGAAUGACAUCAGAACGCGAAUCCUGGAUGAUCGGGAAGCGAGAGUGGAACGGCGGGAGAAGCUGGUCGAGCAUCAGGCUCGGAUGUUGGACGAGAAACUCGAAGAAGCGCGUUAUUUGGACCGACACCUGUCGCUUCGAGAACCAGGUCUCUUUCAGCGUCGAUAUUACCUGUGA